AUGGUCGGACUUCCCGCUAAACCACCUAAAACCGUUGUUGAAGAGCUACCAGUCCAAGUAAUCGAUCAAGACCCAAAGGUAAAAGCUUUCAAAGACACUCUUGAUUUCCCUUCAGUCGAUUCCUUUCUGGAUUUCGAUUCCUGCAACUGGUUGGGGAAUAAUCGCAACACUGAAGAGUUUAGCAUAGAGGAUACGGACUUUGAUUUUUUUGAGGACGACAUGGAGAUUGGUCAAGGUGGUGUUAUUGUUAGCGAGGAAACGCGUCCGGAGAAUCAGACGACGCUUCUGUCUGAGACGAUUGAGGCAAAAUCUGAGCUUUGUGGUGAAAGUUUUGAAGAAAUUGGAGUGAGCUCGAUUAGCUCUGUGUCGAAGAUUGUAGUAAGGCCUGAGCUUUAUGGUUACGUGUCUGAGCCGAUGAUUGAGGUAGAGCCCAAGCUUUGUGAUGACAUGUCUGCAAAUUUUAACGGCGUGGCUGAAGCAGCAGUGAAAGAGUCAGAAGCUGUUGUUUCUGACAACUCUAAGCCAAUGGAUGGUGAAACUGUGUCUGCUGCUUGUUCCAACAUGAAUUUGGAUGAAUCAGAGUUGAAGAAAACAGAUGAAGGUUUGGCUUCUUCUAUUGAAGUUGGGUUGGAGAAGGUUAGCUUGACAAUGGAUGAUGAUAAGACUGAUGGAGCUAAGGGGAAAGCUAAUGCUGCCGAGUCCGAGAGCGAAUCCUCUAGCUCUUCUUCGAGCGAUAGUGAUGAUAGUAGUAGCAGUGAAGAAGAAGAGAGCGAUGAGGAGGAAAACAAGAAGGAAAACAAGUUGGGAGAUGAAAUGGUUAUGGGGAAAAAGGAUGAUUUGGCAGGGGAACUUGAAGAGGGCGAGAUAGACAGUGUAGAUGAGGAGCACGAGGGUGACGAAAACGAGGUUGAAGAUGAUGAUAGUGAUGAUGAUGAUGAUGAAGUGAAUGAGAUGGUUGCGUGGAGCAAUGAUGAGGAUGAUGACCUUGGUUUGCAAACAAAAGAACCUAUAAGGUCAAAGAAUGAGCUCAAGGAGCUUCCUCCAGUUCCAGCUGUGGAAGUCUCUCUAGAGCCGCAUCAUGCAACGCUUCCUGUUGGAGUUGUUCUUUCGGUGAUGUGCGCGCAAGUCAUAGUUGAGGGAAUGGAAAAGCAUAGUCCUUUGAGUGAAGGUUCAAUCCUAUGGAUAACUGAAAGAAGAACGCCAUUGGGACUGGUGGAUGAGAUCUUUGGACCUGUCAAGUGCCCUUAUUAUAUUGUGAGGUUCAAUUCAGAGAGCGAAGUGCCAGAGGGGGUUUGUGAAGGUACACCUGUCUCAUUCGUUGCGGAUUACGCUCAGCAUAUUCUCAACAUCAAGGAACUGCAGAAGAAAGGUUACGAUGCAUCUGGAGACAACGACGAGGAGAUAUCAGAGGAGCUUGAGUUCUCAGAUGAUGAAAAAGAAGCCGAAUACAGAAGAAUGCAGAAGAUGGAAAAGAGAGGUAUGAGUGACCAAAAAACUGGUAACGCAAGAAACAAGAAGAAGAAGAACCGAGAUCAGGGAAGGCCUACGAGCAGCUACUCAGGGGAAUGGACAGAGAACCAGGGAUCUAGUUCUCUAUCCUCGAACCGUUCUGAUCCUCCAAUGAGUGGUCCGGUUUCGAAUCAUCAGCCACGUCCUCAAAUGGACGGUUUUCCUCCAAACGGUGGAGCGUGGAGACCUCAGAGUAACCAGCAGAACCCAUUUCAGCUUCCUCCCAUACCUAACCAGAUGGGAAUGCACCACCUACCUCCAAUGCAGCAGAUGCCUUUCAUGGCAAUGCAAAAUCAGAAUCAAAACCAAAUGAUGUUCCAGCCACACUUCAAUGGUGGCCAGAUGCCAAUGCCAGGUGGACCAGGAGGCUUGAACUUCUUUCAAGGACAGGGUUCAGCGCCAUGGCCUGCCUUGGUUGGUCAGAACUGUUUCAACCAACAACAACCGUUUGGGAUGGGUCGCGGUAUUCAGCAACCGCAAUUACAGAAUGAUAUGAAUUUUAAUAUGUUUGCUUCCCAAGGCUUUCAAAUGCAGCGGCCACAGUCUCAAAUGAACCCACAGUUCCAGAUGCAGCCGCAGUUCCAAAUCCACCAGCAGCCCCCAAUGAACCCGCAGUUCCAAAUGCUGAACCGGCCGCCACAGUCUCCGAUGAACCCGCAGUUCCAAAUGCAACCACAGUCUGAGACACAGACACGUCCACAGUCGCAGUCACCAACUAACCCGCAGUCCCCAAUGGAACCACAGUCUCAAGGGUUUAGGACCGGGGAGUCUUCUGAACGGGGAAGAGGCCACCGUGGUCGUGGUAGGGGUCGGGGCCGUGGUCGGUUUGGACGUGGGCGAGGUAGAGGUAGAGGCCGGCAACAGUCUGAAUGA